AGAAAAACUCUCAACUUUGGCGCCUCAAAAAGAGAGAGAGGCACAUUCUUUAAAAACGCCAUAAUGAGCUCCAAUGUACAGGAUCCAGAGGCCCUCGUGCACUCUGAUGACCCAAGCCACCCGGCAAACCACAUUUGCACGCUUUGCGCAAAGUUCUACAACUUGGGCUGGGUGACAGGCACUGGCGGAGGAACAAGCAUACGCCAUGAAGACAAGAUAUACAUUGCGCCGAGUGGCGUACAAAAGGAACUCAUGAAGCCUACCGACAUGUUUGUCAUGGACUUCAAUAGUAAGGAGUACCUCAGGAGGCCACAGGUCCUCAAACCCUCGGCCUGCACCCCACUGUUUAUGGCAGCCUUUGAGCGCGGCGCCGGAUGUUGCAUCCACACGCAUUCGCAAUGGGCAGUACUCGUUACUCUCCUCGUCGAGCGCGACUUCGGCAAGGACGCAUGCUUUGAGAUUGAGGAGAUUGAGCAAAUAAAGGGUAUACCAAAGGGGCGGGGCAAGCAAGGAAACCUGGGCUACUACGACCGGCUGCGCAUCCCGAUUAUCGAGAACACGGCGCACGAGGAGGAUUUGAGGGAGAGCUUGGAGGAGGCGAUGGAAAAGUACCCGGACUCGUAUGCAAUUUUGGUGCGGAGACACGGGAUUUAUGUCUGGGGCGAUAAUGUGCACAAGGCCAAAACGCAGUGCGAAAGUAUCGAUUACAUCCUGCAGCUCGCGGUGGAAAUGAAGAAGCUGGGGCUGCCAUGGACGAAGUAAAGCGGUGGCAUGGCCUGGCUCUUUUGUCAGUCUGAGACGGAUGAGACGAAACCGGCGCCGGGGAUAUUACUAUUGUCUGCCGGUCAAUUAGGUAUUCAAAUCUCAUGUCAAAGGCCUU